AUGAUGCAUAAUCGUAAAGUGGAGGCAGAAGACCUUGCGCCUAUUGUUGUCUACUUUCAUGGAACUGUUUGCGAUCCCGAUCCAAUCCAGGCUGCAGGGCAAUGCAGAUUUGAAGUUAACAAUGAUAAUUAUCCUCGUUGUGAUUGUAAAACUGUAGGCCAGGAUCAUCAAUGUGAAUGUAUGGCUUUUUGA